AUGGCCGGCAUCAUCGAAUCUCCCAAGGCCGCGGGCGUAGAUGCCACCACUACCGACAUCAAACACAACAAGACAGCGGGCGGAAACGCUGCUUUCCACAACUUCAACAAUGAUUUCGCUCACGUUGCCGACGCCAACGAACGCCGCCGCCUUGCUCUGGCCGAGAUCGACAAGGCGCCUUUUGGCUGGUACCACGUUCGUGCCAUCGUCGUUGCCGGUAUUGGUUUCUUCACCGACUCGUAUGACAUUUUCACCAUCGGUCUCGUCACUUCCAUGCUGGGUAUAGUGUACUUUGGCGGUACUCUCCCUGCCGACUACGAUACCGCUGUCAAAAUCGCCACCUCCGCCGGUACAGUUGUUGGUCAGGUCGGAUUCGGUAUCCUGGCUGAUAUCGUCGGUCGUAAGAAGAUGUAUGGUAUCGAGCUGAUGGUCAUCAUCAUUGCGACCCUUGCCCAGGCUCUCUCGUCUUCCUCUCCCUCUGUUUCAAUCGUCGGCCUCAUCGUCUUUUGGCGUGUCAUCAUGGGUAUGGGCAUCGGCGGCGACUACCCCCUUAGCGCAAUCAUUACAUCCGAGUUUGCCACGACCAAGUGGAGAGGAUUCAUGAUGAACGCAGUUUUUGCCAAUCAGGGUUUCGGCCAGCUCGCUGGUGGUAUCAUGCUCCUGAUCGUCACUGCCGGCUUUAAAGGCUCUCUCGAGACCGCGGCGAAGGCUGCCGCUUGCUCUAAAACCGAACCUUGCCUUAUUGCCGUCGAUAAGAUGUGGCGGACGAUGAUCGGCUUCGGAGCUGUCCCUGGCUGUCUCGCCUUGUACUUCCGUCUCACUAUCCCCGAGACUCCCAGAUACACCUUCGACGUCGACAAUGACGUUUCCAAGGCUGAAGGUGACGUCGACUACUACAAGCAGGGCAAAUGGGGCGAGUCCCAAGUCGAUGAGGCGGCCCGCGUCAUCGCCCGCCAGGAGGCCAAGCAGCAGCUUGAGGUCCCCAAGGCCUCUUGGAGAGAUUUCUUCCGUCACUACAGCACCUGGAAGAAUGCCAGAGUCCUCCUCGGUACCGCUGGCUCGUGGUUCUUCCUUGAUGUUGCCUUCUACGGCCUUGGUCUGAACAAUGCCAUUAUUCUCAAUGCCAUUGGAUGGUCUGGUGGCUCCAACAUGUACCACAUUUUCUACAAGACGGCUGUUGGCAACCUGAUUCUUGUCUGCGCCGGCGCUGUUCCUGGAUACUGGGUCUCCGCCGCUCUCGUCGAUACCAUUGGCCGCAAGCCCAUCCAGCUUUUCGGAUUCUUCGCGCUUACCCUUCUCUUCUGCGUCAUCGGUUUCGACUACUGGAACCUGUCAGGUUCUUCCCUCAUGGCGCUGUACACCUUGGCGCAGUUCUUCUUCAACGCCGGUCCCAACUCGACGACUUUUAUCGUUCCUGGCGAAUGCUUCCCUACCAGAUACAGAUCCACUUCUCACGGAAUUUCUGCUGCUUCAGGCAAGGUUGGCGCUAUCAUUGCGCAGGUGGUUUUCGGACCCCUCCGUACCAUCGGUGCCGAUGCCACCAAGGCCAAGACCGACCCGAGAUACAGUACCCCCUGGCUCAACCACAUCAUGCAGAUCUUUGCACUUUUCAUGCUUUGCGGUAUCUUCACCAGUCUCCUGAUCCCGGAGACGGCAAGAAAGACGCUCGAGGAGCUUUCCGGCGAGGACGACUUGGCCACGAGCGCUAUUCCCGUCCACGGACACAAUGAGGAGAAGCGUGUUGAGGAAGGUACCGCCACCGGAUCCGUCUGA